GUAAAUAAAAAUUAUAUCUAAGCCUUUGGUAUUAGAAUACUCCUUAUAUUUUUAAAAAAUAUAUCUAUUCAAACUUUAAACUGAGAAUUUUAAAAUCGUUGAACAUUCGAUUUUAGAAUUCAAAUUAUUCUAUUCAUAUAAGUUUUAUUCUUCUAUGUAUUUCUGUGAUAUAAAAUGGAUGCGACUCAAAGACCUGUUGUAUUUCCACCAGAAUUCGAGCGUUAUGCUGAAAAGCAUAAUAUUUUUCAGACAUUUCAGUUAUAUUUAGAGCGUUUAAUAUUGGAAAGACCCGAAGAUCCUCUCAAAUUCUUACAUAAACUGCUGACUUCCAGUAUUAGUGAUGCACCCAAAAUAAUCGUUUUUGGGCCUCCUACUAAACAAAGAAGGUUAUUGUGUAAAGAAUUGUGCAACAUUUUAAAUGUCGAGCACAUAACUUUGGAAUUAUUAGAAGAAAAUGCGAACAAAAUCGAAGCUUCCGAGCAAAUUGUACCGAAAGACAAACAUGCGAGAAGAGUAAAAAUUAAAAAAAUGAUCAGCCCACCACGCCAUAAAUUAAAAAAAGUUCAUCUUUCAUUCUUCAAGACUGACGAAGCUGAUACUUCCACUGAAAUAAUCGAGACCAGUCAGGAAAUUCCAGCAGAAAGUAAGAUAUUAAUCGAAGAAGAAGAAUCAGAAAAGUGUUAUGCACGUUCAAAGUUAAAUGAUGAAAUCGAAGCUGAAGAAGAUAUAAACUUGGAAAAAAAUCUUGAAUCAGUUGUAGAAGCUAAAACUGAAUUAGAAGAGCAAGAAAUAAAUGAGGAGGAGAUAAAAAUCGAUGUAAAAGAGAAAUUAUUAUUAUUACAAGAUGAUGAAGAUAUUGAAGAAACAACAGAAUUACAAGACGAAGCAGAAAAUGUGGAAGAAGAACAGAAAAUUGAUAAUGGAAAUGUCGGAAUAGAUGUUGAGAUGGAGGAUGAAAAAGAAAUGAACUUAUUAGAUGAAGACAAAGAUCAACUUCAGGAAGAAUCUGAAACAUGGAUAGAGGAGGAUACAAAAUACGAAUUAGAUUUGGAAGAAAGUGAAAUAUUAGAUGCAGAUCUAGAUAAACACGAAGAAAUUAUCGGUGUGUUACCAGAAACGGAUUCGUGUAAUAAAGAAUUUGUGAAAGAAAAGUAUCUUAACACAGAGAAAUCCAAUUAUUUUGAAAGCUUUACGAAAAUAUCACAACACAAAAUAAAAUCUGAUGAUGAUAAAUAUUCAUUAUCUGAUAAAGAAAUAACUUUGAAGGAGAGAUCGAAACUCGUAAUUGAAUUAAUGAAACAAAUUGAAACACGAGCAUGCAGAGAGCAUGGAUGGUUAAUCGAAGGAUUUCCGACGACACGCUCGGAAGCUAAAACACUUCAACAGUGGGCAGUUUUUCCAAAUCAUGUUGUCGUACUUAACUGCCCUUCAGAUUUUAAUGAGAGAAUAUCCGAGAAUAGCAUUAUAAAUAAUAGAGAGUGGUUAUUUUAUAGAGAAGAAUUCACGGGUUUGUUAGAUUGUUACAAAAACUACUAUUGCCGAAAUUUUAGAUUAGACCAAUCUCUACAGAUACUUUCUAAUAAUAUACUAAAAUUUAUAUCUAGUCAACCAAUUUCUAACACACCAUUUACACCACGUAUUUUACUUCUUGGUCUCCCCGGUUGCGGCAAAACAACACAGGCAAUGUUACUCUCGGAAAGAUACGACGUAGUUAAUGUAGAUAUGAGAGAUUUAAUAUAUCAAACUAUAAAUCGAGAAAUUCCGCUUGGUGAAUCUCUUAGAUAUUGCUUACAAAAUAACCUACCAAUCAUAGAUCACUUAAAAGCAGAAGCUAUCGCUCGAAGGAUGUCUUUGAGGGAUGUUUUAGUGCGUGGAUACGUAUUACAUGGUUUUCCCGAUACCUUUGAACAGAUGUUAGAACUGAACAAAGUAAUGGAAUACAGAAUGCCAAACAGAGUUAUCGUAAUUGACGUAUCAGAAAAUACAUCAUGCGACAGAUUCAUUCAUCGCAGAUUCGAUCCGAUUAACCAUAAAUUUUACCAUUUAUCAAAUCCACCAUCAACUGAUAUUCAACUUCUGCAACGGCCGGAAAACGGAUAUGAUUUUAUUAAAAAGAGAAUUCAAACAUACCGAAAUAACAUUGAAAAACUUGAAAAUUUUUUCCGGGGUUUUGUUAUUCAUAUCGAUGGUGAGAUGAACAUAGAAAAUGUUUCCGAGGCCAUUCUUAGUGCUAUUAUUCAUCCUCUCCCUAAAAGUCACCACUCCCAGAUAUCAACCUGUAAAAUCUUUAAUAUGGAAAGAUUAUGUAAAGGAUUCAACUGUGAUUUAACUUUGUAAAUCUUUCUUACAUUUUAAAUUAUGAUUUUCAUUUGUUUUAAUGUGUCUAUAAAAAUUUUUUAAUUUAUCAAUCAAUUAAUUUCCACUAACUGGAACUAAAUUUUGAAUAUAUGAUUUGUACUUGAUUACAUUUACCAUUAAACAAACUGUAAAGUAAAUGCUUGGGGUGUAUUUUGGUUAAUUUAAUUACUCAAAUUAGUUUUGAAGUAUUUAAUGGAAAAUGUUUUUUUUUUUAAAUAUAAGAUGUCCAUAAAUCUAGAACCAUAGGAGUUAUGUUUAUCUUACAAGUUAAUGUCAUGCUUUACCUAUAAAAGAAUAGAGAGAGUAAAAAGGAACAUUUUCAAGUUACUUUGAUGGUCAGUCAACAAGAAACAAAGAGUUUAACAGGCUGCACCCAGAACACUAUGUGACUGAUGAAACUCUAAAGCAACUUCUCACUAACUGACCAUCAAAAUAACUUAAAACAUGGCACUGAGUAAAAAGGAAUGAAUUCAUCUGUAAAAGAAUAAACAGAGACCAGCAUAAUUCCUUUGGUUCCAACUGUAUUAUGGAGCUAAUUUCAAUCAUAAAAAAACAGUUUCUUCAAAUGAAAAAUUUUCAAUAAAAAUAUCAUCAAUAUAAUAUAAAUAAGUCAAUUUCUAACAAUAAAA